UACUUCUAGAGAUGUCGCUAUUAAGUCGAAAAGUGUAUGCACUUACAUAUCUAUGUGAAACAGUUCACAUUAUAUAAUGGUAGAUCAGUAGAACCACAUUUGUCGUUCUCGAAUUUGGAUACUUGCUGUUCGAAAUAUAUGACAAUGUCCUUCAGUAGGAUAAUUGUGCGGUCACUUUCUAGCAGUUCUGCUGCUCAACAAAUGGUUAAGCCUCCAAUUCAAGUAUAUGGAAUAGAAGGACGAUAUGCUACAGCACUUUAUUCUGCAGCUUCAAAACAAAAAGUAUUAAAUAAUGUUGAAAAAGAUCUGCUUAAAUUUCAAGAUCUUCUGAAGAAAGAUAAACAAUUAGCAGAAUUUGUGAAGAAUCCAUCGAUAAAACGAAAAGAUAAAGUAAAAGCACUUCAGACAAUUGGUGGAAAAGUUAGUCUAAGUAAUGAAACUGUAAAUCUGUUGGGCUUACUGGCAGAAAAUGGCAGACUUUCGGAUGUAAAUAAUGUAAUUAAUACAUUUAAAUUAUUUAUGGCUGCCAAUAGAGGUGAGGUCCCUUGUGAAGUUAUAACUGCUAAACCACUUGAUGCUGAGAUGACAUCUAAGCUUCAAACAGCUCUAAAGGGCUUCUUAAGUAAAGGUCAAUCUAUUUUGCUUACUUCGAAAGUCGAUCCUUCUAUUAUUGGAGGUAUGAUUAUAGCAAUAGGUGAUAAAUAUGUAGACAUGAGCGUGGCCAGUAAAAUAAAAAAAUAUUCUGACGUUAUUGCUAACACAGUGUGAUCACUUUCUAACAUUCAGUGAAAUGAGCAAAGAUAAAGUACUCAUAUAGAACAAUUCAUGAGUAUUCUGUAUGUCAUUAAACAAUAAAAUAUUCAGAAUCUACUUAUUGCUAUUAAGAAAA